AUGAUUACUUCCCGGAAAGCUCUAGAGUGCUUGGACGAAGGUCAAAUCAAUCUCAAGCAAUGGGUGCAACCCCUGGUUGCCGAAAACAACGCCCAGGCCAUCAAGGACCCACGGCUCGAUGCCCCCAACGAUGUGGUGCUCAAACUUACGCGCUUCGCCCUCUCCUGCACCGCCAUGCCCGUGGCCACCCGCCCCUCCAUGGCGCGCAUUCUCUCCGACCUCAUCGCCAUGAAGGAGGAGUUCCUCGGUGCUGACCCCGACCCCUUAGUGGUUCGGAUCGACAGUGACUUGGAGAACCGCCGCGGGCCGAGCUUCUCGCAGGAGAUUCGGCGGGCGAAUGCGGUGGCGUCAGAGCGGGAAGGGGCGCCGGGUGUGCCGUGUUGCCUGGCCACGCCCGUGGCCACCCGGCCCUCCAUGGCGCGCAUUCUCUCCGACCUCAUCGCCAUGAAGGAGGAGUUCCUCGGUGCUGACCCCGACCCCUUGGUGGUGCGCAUUGACAGUGAUCUGGCGAACCGCCGCGGGCCGAGCUUUUCAAGGGAGAUUCGGAGGGCGGAGCAGGUUGCUUCAGGGCAGGGAGACGGGGGUUCGGUGUCGAGCGGUGCUAUGGGGUCGAGUGGGGUGGUGGGGAGUGGGGCUAUGGGAUCGUCGACGAGCUUUGAUGUCUAA